UUUGGGAGUUGGAGAGACCUCUCUUCUUGCUUGCAUGGUUGCUUUCAAAGUCCAAAACCACACAAACACUUCUACAAUAAUUUUGUUCUUUUUUAAAUCCCAUUAUUUUGCAAUUUCCUCCAUUAAAGCUCCUGUUCUUCUUCUUCCUCUAGCUUCCAUUGAAAUGCCUUCUUUUUCUUAAUCUUUUUCAUGUACAAAUGAAACUAUUACCACCACCAUCAAUGUCUGUAACAAAUCCACUUUAAUUUCUUACAACCACCCCCCCCCAAAAAAAAAAAAAACCAAUGUUUCAAAUGUCUAAACUUUACCAUAAUUUCCAUCAUACCAAAAAUUCAGUCUUUAGCUUUGUGCUUUUAUUACCACUUUUCCUUCUUCUUCUUUUAGCUUGUAAUGGCUUCUCUGUUUUCUACAUUAACCUCUCUGUUCCCGCCAAAACUUCACAGGAGCCCGCCAAUUUGUUACCGGAGAUCCUUCCCGGUGACAAACCGGUGAAAAAGUUAUCAUCUUCCUCAGUUAUGUAUGCAGUGAAAGAAGAGAACCCAUCUUUAAACUUAAAAACCCAUUUAUCUCUUUUACAAAAACCCAACAUUUCAAUGGUUUCAAAGCCAGAAAAACAACCUCAUCGUUUUAGUCCUCAAACAUUGAAGGCUUUGCAAUUAAGGACAACAAAAAGAACAAAGGGUUUCACUUUCUCCACCAAAUUAAGGGCUUUUUUCCAAAAUUCAAACUGUAAGCUUCGUUUUUUCAUGACAUGGAUUUCAUCAUUACACUCAUUGAGUCAUAGAGAAUUACUUGUCAUUGAAAGUGUGUUCAAAUCAAACCCCAAAGCUUGUCUUGUCAUUGUAUCCACUUCAUUAGAUUCCCCAAAAGGAAAUGCUGUUUUAAAACCAUUUUUAAACAUGGGGUUUAAUUUAAUCACUGUAAGUCCUGAUUUUGAUUCUAUAUUCAAGCACACAUAUGCAGAAACAUGGUUUAAUCGAUUAAAGACAGGCAAUAUCAAUCCAGGUGAGGUUUCUUUAGGACAAAACCUGUCUAAUCUACUCCGAUUGGUCUUGUUAUACAAAUACGGCGGCGUUUAUAUCGACACAGAUGUUAUUGUUUUAAAAAGUUUCAACAAUUUGAGCAAUGUCAUCGGUGCACAGUCCAUGAACAUUGAGACCAAAACAUGGAGUAGAUUAAACAACGCUGUGUUGGUUUUUGAUAAACAUCAUCCAUUGUUGUACAAAUUCAUACAAGAAUUUGCACUUACUUUUGAUGGUAAUAAAUGGGGUCACAAUGGUCCUUAUUUAGUUUCAAGGGUAGUUGGUAGAGUUACCAAUAGGCCUGGAUUUAACUUCACCGUGUUGCCACCGCCGGCUUUUUAUCCGGUCGAUUGGAGUCGGAUCCGAAGCUUAUUCCGAGAGCCUAAUAAUGGGAUUCAAUCGGAUUGGUUACGUCGUAAACUCGAGCAAAUCCGAAGACAAAGCUAUGCUGUUCAUCUUUGGAACAGGCAAAGCAAGGAUGUUAGAGUUGAAGAAGGUAGCAUUGUUCAUCAUAUUAUAUCAGAUUGUUGUAUUUUUUGCAAUAUUUCAACAUCAAGUUUGUAAGUAUAGAUUUUUAUAUAAUAAGGUUCAAUUUGUCUCA